AUGAGCUUAGUUACCACCCGGAGUGCCCAGGAAAUAUACUUGUGCUACAAAAAUACAACUAACUCCUGCCUCAGAAUUCCCAGGUCAUUUGGUACUCUAGUUGGAUUAUACAUUGUCUGUGGCUUUGCAGUGCUUGUCAUCGUUCUUGGAAAUCUACUAGUUAUAAUUUCAGUUUCUCAUUUCAGAGUUCUGCAUACCCCAUCAAAUUUCCUAUGUCUAUCUCUAGCUUUGGUGGACUGUUUAGUUGGAAUAAUUGUGAUCCCUUUCAGUGCUGUCAGAUCUGUUGAAAACUGCUGGUACUUCGGUGAUGACUUUUGUGUACUGCAUUCCUGCUUUGACACAUUUCUGUGUUUAUCUUCUAUUUUCCACCUGUGUUUCAUUUCAGUUGAUCGUUACUAUGCUGUAUGUGAUCCACUAUUGUAUACAACUAAAGUUACUCUUCCUUUGUUAUGCCAGGUUAUAGCCUUUUGCUGGAUAGCUUCAAUUGUUUAUACAUUUGCUUUGCUAUACUCAAGAAAAGUUGAGAACCAACUCAAUAGUAUAAUUCCAAACUCAACCUGUAUAGGUAGCUGUUCUCUUACGUUCAUGACUUUAUGGGGUUGGAUUAACUUCUCUGUACUUUUUAUUCCAUGCUUCCUGAUGUUAGGCCUUUAUGUAAAAAUAUUUAUGGUGGCAAGACAGCAAGCUAGAAUUAUUGACAAUAUGGAAAAAACACAGAAUACAAAGUAUGAUUUAGUAUCAAAACGAGAAAAAAAGGCUGCUAAAACUUUAGGAAUAGCUGUUGGAGCAUAUCUUUUUUGUUGGUUGCCAUAUAUUUUAUAUAGUUUAAUUGAUGCUGGUUUUGAUUUUAUUCCACCACCUGUUAUAGGUGAUUUCAUGUACUGGACACCUUACCUAAACUCUGCAUGCAAUCCAUUCAUUUAUGGUUUCUUCUAUCCCUGGUUUAGAAGGGCUUUGAUGUUAAUAACAACAGGAAAAAUUUUCCAUAAAUAUUCUUCAAAUGUAAAUCUUUACCAAGACUGA